UUUCCUUAAAUGUAACUACAAUCACGUGACCUAUGCGAUUUCUUAUUACUUGCGUUAAAGUAAACGCUCUGGAGGUACUAAAAGUGGUCAAUUUUGCCCUCCAGGUGGCGCAGUCACAAAAGGUAUAAUCACAAACCUAUGUAAAAGACAACAAAAGAUGAAAUGUUAAUUUUCAGUACACUUAGAAGUUGUCAAUGAUGGUAUACAAAUGUUUCACUUUCUGAGGAUUUUGUUUGAGAUUUUUAAGUUGUCCCUUUCUGGCUUAUCUUCAUACCAGAGAUUAAAAUCUUCAACUUUAUAACUGUAUAAUAUGCAGUAACGUUUAUAAAUGGAGACAUUUUAUAGUGAUACAAAACUGCCGAAAAGAUGUUGAUGUUUUGUGAUUAUAGACAUAUAGAACUACACUUUUGUAUAAAUGUCCAGAAGCUAAUUUGAGAGUUCAUGGGUCGAUUAAGUUGCCUGUGGGCCACUUGUCACUGUUAUCGGACCAUGGGAGUUACUGCUAAUAGAAUUAUCAGUAUCACAACAUUGCAAUCUCGCCUCAUAAAUCAAGUGCGCAGAAAAAGCUAAAAUAGUAUUAAAAGUCACCCAAGUGACCUCUUGGAAGAAGGGUGGAGCGUCUGAGAACUGGAAAAUAGAUAAAAUUAUUCUCUAAAGGAAAGAGUGUCGCAUCCAUAGAAUGCAAUCUUAUUUAAGGAGGAGUGUUUCCUUUCCGUAAGCUUUUCCCUCCCUUUCAUUCGAUCAUCAGACUUAAAUAUAAUGCUACAGAGAUAAGCAAAGGAAAAAGGUCCGUGUGCUGCCUCCGCGUCCCGUAUCAGCAGAGAUCCCAAUGCCCGAAGGGCCCUUUUGAUUUUGAUUUUUGAUUCUUUCAUUUUAAGACGACUGCUUUCAUCACAUAUUUAAUGCGACUAAUUUCCCGAUUUCCAUCGAAAUCUCCGCGAUGCUGGUCGGGUCGCUGGGUUUGUUCUCAGUACAAUGGUAAACGUCCUCACCAGUAUUAUUCAUGAGACUCAAGAGAUGGGCUCUGUUUCUUCCCAGAACACGCCCUGGCAGAUGAAGUAGAUAUAGAACCUGUGGGAAGUGCAGAAACUGUAAGCUUGCUGCGCAGGUCGCGCAACUGUCUGUUAGAGUUACCUGCGACAUGCCGUCGAGUGUCACAUAAAGCCCACAAAACAGCCAUCCCAGGAUAUAAACACUGCUUUUCGAGAGAGGGAUCUUCACCAUGCGCCGCUGAUCUUUAUUCUGUCUGUACCAUAACAUCGGAGUUCACUUUUUUGCAUUUGUGUCAGGCUGUCGAACCAAGAACAUUUACGUGCAAAUAAUUUCUUCUCCAGUCAUUCAUAAAAAGGGGGGAAAGUGUAAACAUCAUGAGCAGGAAAACGCGACGUUGGAUUUUCCAUAUUUUCCUUUGCCUGGGAAUUGUGUAUAUGAAAAUUGGGGGCUUUUCGUCGGUGGUUGCGCUGGGAGCCAGUAUAAUCUGUAACAAAAUUCCCGGGUUGGCUCCUCGUCAACGGACUAUCUGUCAAAGCCGACCAGAUGCUAUCAUAGUGAUCGGAGAGGGAGCCCAAAUGGGGAUCAACGAGUGCCAGUUCCAGUUCAAGAACGGACGCUGGAACUGCUCUGCGCUCGGGGAGAGGACCGUCUUUGGAAAAGAGCUGAAAGUGGGCAGCAAGGAGGCCGCCUUCACCUAUGCCAUCAUCGCCGCCGGCGUGGCGCACGCCAUCACCGCAGCCUGCACGCAGGGGAACCUGAGCGACUGCAGCUGCGACAAGGAGAAGCAGGGCUUCUACAACCAGGAGGAAGGCUGGAAGUGGGGGGGCUGCUCUGCGGACAUCCGCUACGGCCUCAACUUCUCCAAGGUGUUCGUGGACGCGCGGGAGAUCAAGCAGAACGCCAGGACUCUGAUGAACCUGCAUAACAACAGGGCUGGACGGAAGAUCCUGGAGAAAAACAUGCGACUGGAGUGUAAGUGCCAUGGGGUGUCGGGCUCCUGCACCACCAAGACGUGCUGGACCACGCUGCCCAAGUUCCGGCAGCUGGGCUACAUCCUGAAGGACAAGUACCACCAGGCGGUGCACGUGGAGCCGGUGCGGGCCAGCCGCAACAAGCGACCCACCUUCCUCAAAGUCAAGAAGCCCUACUCCUACCGCAAGCCCAUGGACACAGACCUGGUCUACAUCGACAAGUCACCCAACUACUGCGAGGAGGACCCGGUGACAGGCAGCGUGGGGACGCAGGGGCGCAUCUGCAACAAGACGGCGCCGCAGACCAACGGCUGCGACCUCAUGUGCUGCGGGCGCGGCUACAACACGCACCAGUACUCGCGCGUCUGGCAGUGCAACUGCAAGUUCCUGUGGUGCUGCUAUGUCAAGUGCAACACAUGCAGCGAGAGGACAGAGGUGUACACGUGCAAAUGAACACCUGCGUGCACUGGCGGGGUCGCUCCUCACUCGCGUGCAUUACUGACAUGUUUCUGCUGCGUCGCGGGGAAACGGGAGAAGAGGAAUCGCUUGCACGUGAUCACUCUGCGUCUGAUCCCGGGGUGAUGCACCUCGAUUCUGAAACGAGCCAGAAACUGGUUACCCUGGGAAUCAGAAGACGGGCGCUGCUGUUUACGUGAUUUGCUGAGGAUGAGUCGACACAGCAAUGUCGCCUUGCCAGCCUGAUGGAUCGACAGCACGACCAUCAGUCCUGCUGCGAGACUGUGGGCUCACACGCAUCCUGGAGGUCUCGCACUCUGGGCUGCACUGCUUCAGACGAGCCUUUGGGCUUCCAGCGUUCAAACUGGACUGUCCUCUGUGUCUGAUCCUUCAGCUGCGGAGCCCCUAUUUUUUCCACCAAUUACUAAUUUCCAGCGCAUAUACACAUGGGACAUGUGGGGAGAAGCUGUAUAUUUCCUCAGCAUGAACUAAACAAAGCACGUAAUUGUGAUAUUUAACUUUUUAUUUAGAUGCAAAAAAAAAACCUAAUAUUAAUUUAUUUAAGGAAACUACUGAUUUUAUUUUCGUUCCUUUCGAUACGGGACUUUUCUAAACUGAAUAGAUCUAGGGAGCUUUUUCUCUCAAGUGUUUGCUGAUGGAAACUGAACAAAGACAGCAUCAACAAACGAAAGACAGCAUCGCAAUUUUACAAACGAGCAAGACACUGGAUUAUGUACAUAAAAAAACACCUUUAUUACUACUGUAAUAUAAUGUGGUGGCAAAUAGUAUUGUUACAGGUCUAACUGGUAAUGCUUAGAUUUUUCUAGAAACAUUCUUCCCCUCUGUAUGCUGCUAGUUGUCUGGAAAAUCGAAUUGGCUGUGAUUUAUAAAGAGAAAAAUAGACUUUGUUACUUGGCAACAGUAACUCAAUGCUAAUUAUUUUUUAAAGACACCAGAAGCAAAGCUGAUCAUUCAGACUAAUUUCCCUUUCCUGGGAAUCCUUAGUUCAGAGAGUAUAUUUUGUAAGAGAUUAUUUUUAUAUGAAUAUUUUAUUUAUAUAAUUUCAUCUUGUAUAAUUCAGUAUCACCCCGAUCCCUUCCUUAAAACUAUUGCUGUGUGGAGUUUCAAAGAGCAUUUCACAAGCACAGCCUUACAUUUACACAUGAACUGGUUUUGUCAUGUGCUGUGAAGCAUUCGUUGGACCUGCUGAGACUGUAAGUGUGUACAACUUUGCUUGUUUACCUUGAAACAGAAUAUCACACAAUAAAUGAACAGGGUAUGUGGUAAUGAUUGGCGUGAUAUCAACACUAUCUUCAAAAAAGUCCAAAACAAGCAAAUAGACAUUUUAAAUUUCAGUAUUAGCUUUCAUCACUGUCUAGAGAACAGUAAAAACUCGCUAACUGAAUAUUUGGGGAUAACACUGUAUGACCAAAGAGAAAUAAAUAUAGAACAUUUUUGAGUGAAAGAAAUUCAGAUGCAGACAUUUUUUAUGUUCACCUAAUUUAUACUCAUAGAAUUUGAUUACAAAUAUAAUUUGCCACACCCAUUCCACAUCACAUUUCAAAUGUUUCAAACAGUGUUAAUAAAAGUCAGCUCGACAGUAUCAAAUUUCUCUUAUCCUCAAUCAUAAUGUAAUUAGCAAAGUACCACAAGAAGUGGCAAUGAAUGUUUUUUAAUUUGUUACCUGAAAUCGUUGGGUGGCUUGCUUACAGCUUGAACAAACUUCUUUAACACUGUGGAGAAAGGUUAACAUUUUAAUUAAUUGACAUUAACAUUGUUAAUGUGCUUGGUCAAUAAAAAGUGAGAAAAACGC